GGGGGGGGGGGUGGGGUUAGAUCGCAUUACUAAUAUUCAGCUCAACUGGUGUUGUGAUAUGUUGCUAAUUAAUCAAAUCAUAUAAAUAUUCGAUGUGUAAUAAAUUCGUGUUUGGAAGAUUCGUCUCAUAUUUUCAGCGUCAUAGUCCAGCUUCUCAUCACUGCACACAGAAUACAAAGACUAUAUGAUAUAUUCAGUAUAUUAGUAAUAUUGGAUCUCGUACGACCGAUCAAUAUAACAUGACAGACAAUGAGCCACACUAUGCGGCUCGUAAGAUGCAAUCUUCAACGUGGCUCGAGUUUCCGUCCACAGCUCUUGUAUUAUACGUCUGUAUACAAAAAAAAACUGUUAUAUUUUUUUUUUAAAUAAGCUUAGAACUACUUUAUUAUAUACUUCCGAAAAUGUCCAUGAAGCUUCUUCGAAUUUUCUUGCUUGCUUAUUAAUAAUUUGUUACCUAUCCUAUAUAUAGCCCCCAAGGCCUUGGGGUAGGUAACACUAACACAUUAGAAUAAGACUAGUGUUCUUAACUUAUAAAAAAUGUCUCUCUACCCCACUCUUUGCUUUCUCAUCCUCCUCUCUCUCUGCCAUGGUUCUCACAGCGUCCAACCACGCCGGGCUCCUCAUCUUGAUGGGCUUCUCCCAAAUGGCAACUUUGAGCACAUCCCUCCCAAAUCAAACAUGAAGGGUCGACAAAUAAUCGGCGCACACUCUCUCCCUCACUGGGAAAUCUCCGGCCAUGUGGAGCUAGUCUCCGGUGGGCUUCAGCCCGGAGGAUUCCAUUUCGCGGUCCCACGUGGGGUCCACGCUAUAAGACUAGGAAGCUUAGCUUCCAUCUCUCAAGAGGUUAAAGUGAAUCGUGGUUUUGUCUACUCAAUAACAUUUGGAGCCACGAGGAGUUGCGCUCAGGACGAGAACAUCAAAGUCUCUGUGCCUGGUCAGGCAGACGAGCUUCCCAUCCAGACGGUCUUUAGCUCAGAUGGUGGAGACACUUACGCUUGGGCUUUCAAGGCAAUGUCGGAUGUGGUCAAAAUCACUUUCCAUAACCCUGGUGUUCAAAAGGACCGUACAUGUGGACCCCUCGUAGAUGUUGUCGCUAUCAAAGAGAUGCUUCCUCUCGGGUACAACAGAGGAGGAAACUUAGUAAAAAACGGAGGGUUCGAGAUCGGCCCACACGUGUUCGCUAACUACUCUACCGGAAUCUUGAUUCCGGCAAGAAUCCAAGACUUAAUCUCUCCGCUUCCGGGAUGGAUCGUUGAAUCUCUAAAACCGGUGAAGUAUAUUGAUAAUCGUCAUUUCAAGGUUCCGUCAGGACUCGCCGCCGUUGAGCUAGUUGCCGGCAGAGAAAGUGCAAUCGCUCAGAUCAUUCGUACGGUCGCCGGGAAGGCAUACACGCUCUCGUUCACGGUGGGAGACGCGCAAAACGGCUGUCAUGGGUCGAUGACGGUAGAGGCGUUUGCUGGAAAAGAACCGUUUAAGCUUUCUUUCGUGUCGGAAGGUAAGGGAGUUUUCAAAACCGGACAUUUUAAGUUUGUUGCCGAUUCUGACCGUACCAGGUUAACGUUCUACAGUGCGUUCUAUCAUACUAAGCUGCAUGAUUUUGGUCAUCUUUGUGGACCUGUUCUUGAUAGUGUUCUUGUACUCCCGGCCCAUUAACAAUUUGUGGUUCUUGAUUCUAUUCAUACUCAGAUAUUACAAAAGUUUCUCAAUAAAAUACCAUAUUUUAUAAGCAAUUUCUUCUUGGACUCUUUUUGUUGUUGUCAAAGUCAUUACAACUCAUACCGAUGAUGCAUGGGAUAUUUCCAUUCUGUAUGUAAAUUGAGUAUGUGUGGUGUGGAAUACGCUGAGAUACUGUUAAAUGAGAUUGUUGGUAUUAAAUUUUAUAAGGUUUGCAACUCAAACUCAAGUAACACGUAUUCUUUCAAGAUCGCUCUCAAGAUCAUUUUUUCAGAUCAUAACCGAGAUAAAAUACAGCACUCAUAAACUACAAAAUAAAGAUAGACAACAUUUAUUCAUAGAUUACAAAUAGAGCUGAAUCUUUGGUUUAUUCAAAUAAUCGAGUUUAUUUGAUUAGUUGGAUCAGUUGGUUUGAUAUUUUGUAGCGAAAAUAAUUGAAUAAAACAAUGAUUUUUUUACUCGUACUUGACCUGUCGGAAACGAGUAUUUGUUAUUUCAAGUACUUAUUCAAAAAUAUGUUAACUGCAAGUUAUUUGUUUUAUUCGAUUACUUGCUACUUAUAAGUAUUUAUUAAUUACUUGGAUAUAUUUCUAAGCUUCUAAAAAUUAUUUGAUAGAUAAUUAUUUUACAAGAAAAGGUUAUGAAAGUUUGUUUUAUUUAUUCGACUUGGUAAAAACACUAUAGUUAUUUUAAAUAAAAUAUUUUCACCUAAUAUAAAAAAUAGAAUUCAAUAAGAAAGUAUUGUUUACUUCUUACAACAAAUAAAUAUUUGUUUAAGGCUUUGGUUUUUAUGAUUUAUUUAUCAUUUUUUAGUUGUAAAAUAAGUAACGAAUAAUAUCAAGGUGAGUCGUAGUUUUUCUUGUGAUACUUGCUACUUACCUUGUAAGUAGCAAAACUCAGCGACUUGAUACUUGACUUGAGAACCACGGGUACUUGAAAAAACGAGGCAAGUACAGGUCAAAUAUCGAGUAUAAGGUAAGUAACGAGUAGUUGUGCCCAGCCCUACUUAUACUGAACUAAACUGGAAUUUAUUAAUUUUUUGGUUCUAGUAAAAUUCGAAUUGUUCUCCGUUUGUAAGUUUUAUAUAUUUCUAGUAAAAUUUGGUAUACUUAAAUAUGAUUUGGUAUAUAAAUAAGUUAUGAAACAUUGGAAAAAUUGAAACUGCGGUUAAUUUAUGGGGAUCUACUAAUAAACCAAAAUGAUAAUUAAAUUAACUUUGAAAUUACCCAUCGAUUUAAUAUGACUAAUCAAAUCAAAAGUUUAACAACAAAAGGUUCA